UGAGUUGUAUAUAUGUUAUAUCACAUUAGACUAGAUAGAAAGAGAGGGCAAACAUGUCAACGAGCACCCAAGUGGUGGUUCUGGACAACGGCGGAGGUCUGAUCAAGGCAGGAUUCGGCGGAGAACGCGACCCAUCCGCCAUUGUCCCUAACUGCCUCUACCGACCUCAAUCCUCCAAAAAAUGGCUCCACCCAAAUCCCUUAAACACCACGACCGCCGAACAAGACCUAACCUCCGCCGCAGUCCGACGUCCUUUGGAUCGUGGUUACCUAAUAAACCCUGACCUCCAGCGCGAAAUCUGGUCCCACCUCUUCACCUCUAUUCUUCGCAUAAACCCAUCUCAAUCCUCACUCCUCGUCACUGAACCCCUCUUUACUCUCCCUUCCAUCCAACACUCUCUUGACGAACUUGUCUUCGAAGACUUCAACUUCACCUCUCUCUACGUUGCUCACUCUCCUUCCCUUGUUCACCUCUACGAGACCAGUCGCAGGCCCAAUGGGCUUCUCUCUAAAGCCCAGUGUAGUCUUGUUGUCGAUUUUGGUUUCUCCUUUACACACGCCUCCCCUGUCUUCCAAAACUUCACCCUCAACUACGCUGCUAAGAGGAUUGAUUUAGGUGGUAAGGCCCUCACAAAUUACCUGAAGGAACUUAUUUCCUUUCGUUCCAUUAACGUUAUGGAUGAAACUUUCAUCAUCGAUGAUGUUAAGGAGAAUAUCUGCUUUGUUUCCCUCGAUGUUGAUCACCAUCUUAACAUUGCUAGGAAGAGGGGAAAAGAUAAUGUAUUGAGGUGCACAUAUGUGCUUCCUGAUGGUGUCACCUACACAAAGGGGUUUGUUAAAUAUCCAGAACAAGCAAACAUGUAUCUUGCCGCUCAUGGUAAUGCCCACCACGGGGAGCAAAUUGCCCAACAACAACCCCAGGAAGAGGAGGAAGAGGAAAAGGGCAAUAAGAAGAACAUAUUUGAUUUGACAAAAAAUGAAUUUGACUUGACAAAUGAACGCUUUCUUGUCCCUGAGAUGAUCUUCCGGCCAGCUGAUUUGGGAAUGAACCAGGCUGGUCUACCAGAAUGUAUUGUACGAGCAGUUAAUGCAUGCCACCCACAUCUCCACCCCGUACUCUAUGAAAGCAUCAUUUUAACUGGUGGAAGCACCUUGUUUCCUCACUUUGCCGAGAGACUAGAAAAGGAGCUUCGGCCUCUAGUUCCUGAUGGCUAUCAUGUGAAGAUAACUACACAAGAAGACCCCCUACUAGGUGUUUGGCGUGGAGGAUCUCUCUUGGCAUCGAGUCCAGAUUUUGAUGCCAUGUGUGUGACCAAGGCUGAGUAUGAGGAGCUUGGUUCUGCUAGGUGUCGCAAGAGAUUUUUUAACUGACCAAUCAUACCGUGAAUUCAGCCAUGCAAAUCUUCUUACUCACACAAAUGGUGUUAGGAGAGAAGGCAGUGGGUUGGCAAUGCAACAAGUGUGUAAACGAAGUUGCACCAGAUACUUGGAACAAAGUUGUGAAGUCUGAAUGACAUACAUUUUCUGGGAUAUGGGUUCCUUAAAGUAAAAAGCUUCUGCAUCUCCUGCAUAUAGGUCAAAAUUUAGGGUAUUUGUCUUUACAAGAUACUACAAGGUCAAAUACCCACCCAACAUUUUCAUUCUCUUGACAAAGUUAUGCCUAAAUGUAGAAACUCAAAUAUAGAGAAUCCAAAUUCCAUUCUUGGAGAAUGAUGCUGGCAGACUGGUAUUUUGGAUUUGUGUCUGAACGAUGGUGGCAACUUUCCUUCUAUUUGUGCAGCAAGCAUGACGUGCUUUUGGCAUGCCAACUAAUGUGGUAUUCGACGGAUUUUGCAUAUAUGAUGAUGAUAUUUAAUAUAAUAUCCUUUGUCUGGACUCAAAAGUUAAUAUUAAAUAAUGUAAUAUUUAUUAUUAGGACUUCGAAGUUAUUGCUUUUUCAAAGGGUGUAACUAGAUUGAGACAUUGUGCGGAUGUAGAAAUGCUUUUGUUUAAUAUAUUUAUUCUAUACUAACUAUAAAGAGAAUAGACUUUUGUUGUGGCCUA